AUGUUACGACCAAACCUGGCUGGGCAGUUCGUCUGCCACGGUACGCCGUAUGUCAGGGGCGCAUCGUCAGGCCCACUGGUCGCGAGCGACCUAGAGCUGAGCUUCUGGGGGGGCGUCCACCCCCAGACGGGCGAGAUCAUCGAUCGCCACCACCCCUUGAGCGGCCGGGUCCUGCGCGAUGCCAUCCUCGCCAUCCCAGGCGGCCGUGGCUCGUGCUCGGGCAGUGGAGUGAUGUUGGAACUCCUCCUGAACCACGCAGGGCCGCGCGCCAUCAUUUUCGAGCGGCGCGAGGACAUCCUGACGCUGGGGGUCAUGAUCGCCGAGGAGAUAUUUGGCCAGGCCAUCCCGGUCGUGACGGUCAAGCCGGUGGAUUUUCGCAGACUGGUGCAGUUGGAUGGUCAUCGCAUCCAGGUUGCCGACGGUCGCAUCAUCCUCGCGACGAACGUCCAGCUUUCAGACGAGGACGAAGCAUUUCUCGAAGGAAGUCACGGAGAAGCCGCGCGCGUCGCAUUGCGAAUCAUCCUGCGCAUGGCCGACCUGCUCGAUGCCCACGAGUUGAUGGAUGUCACCCAAGUACACAUCGAUGGCUGUAUCUACCACGGACCCGGAUCCCUCCUGUUUGCCGAGCGACUCCGCGACUGGGGAGGACGGGUGCGAGUGCCCACCACCCUCAACUCGAUCUCCAUCGACCAGAAGCGGUGGCGUUCUCAAGGCGUGGACGUCGCAUUUGGUGAAGCGGCCGAGAAGCUGGCCAGCGCAUACACCGACAUGGGGGCGCGUCCCACGUUCACCUGCAGCCCUUACCAGCUGGACAGUGCCCCCAAGCUGGGCGAGCAGGUGGCUUGGGCCGAGUCCAAUGCGGUCGUGUAUGCAAACAGCGUGCUGGGCGCUCGCACGAUGAAGUAUCCCGACUUCCUCGACAUCGCCAUUGCGCUGACCGGGCGCACGCCGAGGGGAGGACCUCAUGUCGACCUCAAUCGGCGGGCAUCGCUUAUUAUCAGAGCUCCUCCGAUGCAGGACAUCGAUGACUCGCUCUAUCCCCUACUUGGCUACCACACAGGAACCAUCGCAUCCAGUCAGAUCCCCGUGAUUCUUGGAAUGGAGUCGUUGACUCCCAGCAAAGACGACCUCAAAGCCUUCGGGGCCGCGUUUGCCACUGUCUCUAGCGCCCCGAUGUUCCAUAUCGUAGGGAUUACCCCCGAGGCCACUAGUCUGGACGCAGUGAUCAAUCAAGCACCCAAUGUGCGCUCCAUCGACGUCCAAACGAGGGACCUGGCUCAAAGCUGGGAUAACCUGAACAGUGCCUCGGACUCUCAGCCGGUCGACCUGAUAUCCCUGGGUAGCCCGCACCUGUCGCUGACCGAGAUCCGAACCCUCGCAGCGUUGUGUCGUGGUCGCACCAAAAAAGACACUGUCACGAUGAUGGUGACUUGCGGACGGGCCACGCGCGGCCUGGCUCAACAAGCUGGUCUCGUCGACGAGCUGGCGACGUUCGGGGUGGAGUUCCUAAGCGAUACCUGCUGGUGCAUGAUCACCGAGCCGACCAUCCCGCGCUCAGUCGCGACUAUCAUGACCAACUCGGGGAAGUACGCUCACUAUGGACCUGGUCUGACGGGGCGGAAGUUCUACCUUGGGAGUUUGGCGGGCUGUGUGGAUGCGGCGUGUCAGGGCUGGCCUGCGAGGGGGAGACCGGGAUGGCUUGUUUGUUAGGUUGGUGGAAUAUCAGCAUUCUAUCAUGCUUCUUAUCGAAUUCUCGUUGACGUUUGAGCUAACUCUAUCUGGUACUCUCUCGGGGAUUUAACAGGGUGUAGUCCUGAGCAAUGCUGCCCUUCAAUGUUCGCUU